AUCGCCAUCUGUAGUUGUAUUUCAUUAUAGAAAAUUUUUUAUCACUAAACAUAUAAUAUAAUUCCUAAAGAUGAAUAAGACAUUUAGCGAAUGGCUAAAUCAAAAUUCUGGUUCAUACAAUCAACCCCUUCUUGGAAGUUAUGAAGAAAAUGAUUUAUGGCUGCAAUACUAUCCUGAUGGAAAACCCAGACCGAGUACUCCCUCUGAAAAUAUGCUUAAAAGAAAAUUGAAAAAUAAGAAAGAAGAAGAAGAACAAAAGCGCUUAAAAGUGCCCGAAGUAGACUCUGAUUUAUUUGGCGACUUCCAUCUCAGUGCGAGGAAAGAUUUUAGUACAAAUUUAAAGAAAGCAGUAAUGUAUAGACAACUUGAAUCGAAUAAUGAGACAAUCCGACUAUGGAAAAUGCCUGGAAAAUGUGAAACUGCAUUCCAAAAUAUAUGGAUUCAAGGAAACAUAGUAUCAAUCAGCUUUACUGAUGAACAAGCUAUUAUCAGUAUAGACGAUGGAUACGGUUUAAUUACAGGAUUAAUCUCAAAAGCUGCCUUUGAAAAAGAUAAAUUUAAACAAGGUCAAUACAUAAAAAUGAUUGGAACAAUGGAAUCCAAUUCUCCUACUAUUAAAAUUAAGUUAUGCUUCAUAUCAUCCAUUCAAAAAACAGCUAUUCCUCAAAAUAUUUUAUGGACUUAUCAAGUUGCAGCUUGUAUAGGAGUCUAUUUUACCCUUCCAACAGUAGCUCCAUCAUUUUGUAAUCCAAUAAUAGGGAAAAAAGGAAAAUGA